AUGCGUCAACAAUUAUCCUAUGGUGUAAUUUCAUUUAUUAUUGGAAUUUUUGUUACACUACAAUUAUUUAUGUUAAAAAUUGGAAUGACAGGAAGGUUUGCAUCAUCUGACUUCGUAUUAGGCAUUGCACUUUCAUUGAGUCAGACGCUCUUCAGCGGUGGUAUUAUUGCAGCGAUUUUUUCACGUCGAAAACUAUUCAAAGUUAUUUAUAGUGUACUAGCGGGUAUAGGUUGUGUAGGAAUAAUUCUUAUACUAUGGUACUUUUUGAUGGACGGUUUUAAAAUGAACAUUCGUGUAAUGAUACCAUUAGAAAGAUUACCACGAAAUAUAACCGAAGACCCAUCAUUGAAUGGUAAUUAUUCAUAUUCAUUUCUUACAUAUGGAAGUGGUAUUGAUUCUCGGAGUGAUUAUGGGUCUAAAGCAUCAAUAAUAACAUCAACAAUUGAUUUAUCUUCAUUCAUUACAUUAUCAUCGUUCAAUAGAGAACUAUUUCGAUACAAUGAAUCUACUCUUCCUCUGAACGGUAGAAUAUGGUACCCUACAAAUACAAGCAAUAACACUAGUCGAUAUCCUAUUGUUAUGAUGAUCCAUGGAAAUCAUGUGUCAACAGAAUCCAGUGAAAUAGGAUAUGAUUAUUUGUGUACAAUGUUGGCUAGUCAAGGUUUUGUUUGUGUAUCGAUUGAUGAGAAUUUUUUAUAUGGUUCGCCUGAUUAUUCAUUAAUUGGGUAUGGUAAAAUAUCAAAAAUUAGACAAUUGGAUAUUAGUUUUAGUAGUGAUCCAGACAUGAUUACGAGAGCGAUUAUCAUAUUAGAAACAUUGAAACAAAUGCGAUUAUGGAAUACACAAACGACCAAUCAAUUUUAUAAUCAAUUGGAUCUAUCAAAUAUCGGUUUAGCGGGUCAUUCACGUGGUGGUGAAACGAUUGUGAUUGCAUACGUAUUGAAUAAGUUAAGAUUCGUGCCUCAAUAUCCGACUGGUGUAUCUCUGACUAAUUACAAUUUCGGAAUAAAAGCUUUAUUUUCAAUUGCCGGUACAGAUGAUGGUUACAUGUUAUUAGGACGUAGUCUUGAAUCAUACGAUGUUUCGAUGUUUGGUAUACAUGGUGUCUAUGAUGCAGAUCUAUCGUCAUUUCUUUUUCAAUCAAAAUUAACAAAUUUAAAAUUUACACCAAAUAGCACGAAUUAUAAUUUCAAAGCUUCUCUGUAUGUUCAUCAAGCAAAUCAUGGACAAUUCAAUACAAACUGGGGAAGAUAUGAUCUUGCUCCUGCCACUGAUAAAUUUAUAAAUGUUCGUCCAGUAAUGUCAAUUGAACAACAACAACAUAUAUGUAAAAUAUACAUGUCAACUUUCAUGAAUGUUAUUCUCAAAGGUCAAAUACAACAUCGUAUUCUAUUUGAAGAUUAUCGUUCGGCAUUGCCGUAUUUACCGUAUACGAAUUAUAUAUCUACAUUUCAAGAUUCGAACGAAACAAUCAUUGCCGAUUUUGAGAAUUAUGAUAUAACAGUAGGAACAAUUGUUGGUUCUAAGAUUAAAGUGACUAAUUUGUCAUUAUGGAGUUCUGUCUAUGUGAACGUGUAUCGAUCAACAAUGUUGAUCUUGGAACCAAUGGAAAGUUUAGUCGGAAGAUAUACAAUUCAACUGCAAAAUACUUUGACUGGAUCAAUUCUAAGAUUUAGUGUUGGCCGUCCAGAAGGUGGUCUCGUUGAUAAUUUGGAAGUACAGCUCUUUUAUGAUAAUGAAUCGAGCGGUUCUUUUAUGGUACAUGUUCUUCCCGCUCUUAGCAAACAAUUAUUUAAGAGUGGCUCAUUAGAAUAUGUAGUUGCUGUGCAAACGAUAGCCUUGCCAUUGCUAUGUCCGAUAAUUGGCCUAGAAUUUGUAGUGAAUGGUACUAGCGCACAAUUUUUAAUUGAUAAUAUUGUUAUAGCAAACUGA